UAAAGCAUUUAGAAAGGGAUGCACGGCCUUGAUGUUCACGUAUCCAUGUGAUGGGAGUUGUGUGCCCGCCCACCUGCUCUUGCUGCUGCUGUUGAUGCGAGAUCUGACACGGCUCCAAACUAUUUCUAUCUGUGUCGGUCAUCUCCAUCGCCAUGGGAGGAAAGCUGCCGUGCGUCUGUUUGCUCGUCUUCAUCAUUUUCAAAGAGACAUCCGGCUUGAAGAUUAGGAAUAAGCUACUGGGUACGUGUCUGCAGGUGCAAGAAGGAACUUCAGGAGGAAGAGUGUCACUGGGGGAAUGCAGCUUGUAUUCCCCCUUACAGGAAUGGCGAUGGCUCCCAGAGAGCCAGGCUCUCCUCAGUUACCGCACUGGGGAAUGUCUGACUGCACCAGGAGAGGAGUUUGAAGGCGUCCGCCUGCAGCGCUGCAACUUUAGGGUAGCAAGUGACAAGGCUGCUGAAGGAGUGGCACAGGUGGGUGCAGGCAGAGAGACAAGCAGCCAGGCAUGGUCCUGUUCCAAGAAAGGUCACCUCACUUCGAUAGGGAGAGGGCUGCACCUUAGUGCCACACACGAGUCCACUUUGGUCUUUCUUUCAAGGGGACAUAAGCAGGGCAGUAGAUGGCGGACUCUUGACAACCAGACACUGUGCAAAGGGAGAGACAGCAAAGAUGACCAGCCUCACCGCUAUCUGGGGAAAUCAUUGGACCCUGGCAUUUUUCCAGGUGUCAUCUCUGAUGUGCACAAACAAGCUGAACCAUCUGAAGGUAUAAUUAGCAUUGGGGCCACAGAAGCAUAUCCUGAUGUGACUCUUUCAUCCUUAAGCACUAAAGCCCCUGCAGAUCCCACCAUGAUAUUCUUGAGUAUGGACUACGGGAUGGCCUGGAAGAUAACCAUGCUGGUUCUAAGCUCCUUGGCCCUGGUCCUUGGGACUGUGGUUCUUAUCCUCAAUGUUUACUCCAACAGAAGAAAAAAGAUGUGUGUUUUGAAGUCAUACACUCCAAGUCCAGAGGUGAGUGUUCCUGGGUCCCCUGUGCUAAGUGAAAGAGCCCCACUGACAGAGCAUGCCAUAUACCUCCCGCACUCUUCUCCCACUUUACAACGAGGAGAAAUCCUGAUUGAGUGGAAGGAUGGCAGUGUUACUCCACUGUAUGAGGCCUGAAGGCUGCUCCUGUAAGUUUAGACAAGGGUGUGUGUUUGUGCAAGCAUGCAUAGUUUCCUAUGCACGCUCUCUUCUGAAUGUAUCUGAAAGGGACCAGAAUUGAAAAACAAAAGGCAAAAAUAAGGUUUAGGUUUCUGUUGUUUCAGACUGUUGGCAUCAAAAUGAUACUAAGUAAACUGUUUGGUGGGUGAACUCAACUAUUUCAUAAAGGGGAAGGUUUAUGGAUACGGAUCAGAAUGUUUUUAUCAGGCUGCCAGAGGAAGAUAAAAGCUGUUGUGCAGCUGCCAGAAGAGAAAAAGAUGAGUAUGUUUUCAAAGAACUGACCUCUGGUGUUGGAGAUCUGAGGGACUGCUUGUAGGGUAAAAGAAGUGUAUAUUGACAUUUUAAGCAUUCCGCCGUUAUUUGUAGACUUACAACAAGUUAGAUUUAAGGGCUCAACAAAGCAGAUAAAUUAGGAAACUAAUCUUUCUUUGUCAAGGCCUAAUAAGGAUUAAUAGACUGUUUUUGAAAACUAUAAUAAUUACAGUUGUGUUGCAAGAAACACAGUUUAAUAACUGUUGUUUUCAUAUAAUAAUUCAGGGCUAUUUAUCCAGUACUCAACAUCUUGACUAUAUAAAAUGUUUCUGAAAAUCUUAAUGUAGUUUACAUACAGCAGGAAAUGAUAACAGUCUUCCACAAUACAAUUCAGUACUGUACAUUUUGUGGAGCACUUUUUUUAUUGACAUUACAUAAACCUCUUGUUAACUUAAAUAGUUAGUGUGCUUACACCAUUGAAUUGAACUUGACAGUUCAUUCUUGAUCUUGGAAACAACAGUUGACAGAACAACUUGCUUCUCUGGAGUUUUUGACAACAUCCCACAGUGUUCAUCAGCAAAUGAAGUUUGCUCAGUUGUAAUUGAAUUGUAAAUGCUUAAACAUUCCGUCAUUACAGGCACUUUUGGAACUUCUUGUCCUUAAAAGUUCCCAAUGAAGAUCACAUAAUCAGGUUGAAAGCUCCAGCAUAUCUACUGGAGAUUGUUUUGUCAGCUAUCACUGCCUUUGAACCUGUAUGUGACAACUUGGUAACUAAAAAGAGAUGUUUAAACUGUGAAGUAGCUAAUAAA